AUGGCUCUGUCGCGGGGACUGAGAUGCUGUCAGAGGAUAUUUUCUUGGAUACCCGUCGUUAUUAUAUCGUCUGUAGUGCUGUGGUCGUAUUAUGCCUAUGUAUUUGAGCUUUGCCUUUUUACACUCAGCAAUAAUCUGGAGAAGGUCCUAUACCUCCUUGUGUUCCAUGUUUGUUUUGUAAUGUUUUGUUGGACCUACUGGAAGGCUAUCUUUACUCCGCCCUCUUCACCGUCCAAAAAGUUUCAGCUUUCCUAUACAGACAAAGAGAGAUACGAGAUGGAGGAGAGACCAGAGAUGCAGAAGCAGAUUCUUGUGGACAUAGCUAAGAAACUGCCUGUCUUCACUCGGGCGGCAUCUGGAGCUAUCAGGUUCUGCGAUCGCUGUCAACUGAUAAAACCAGACCGAUGUCACCACUGCUCAGUCUGUGAAACAUGUGUUCUGAAAAUGGAUCACCAUUGUCCAUGGGUGAACAACUGUGUCGGCUUCUCCAAUUACAAGUUCUUCCUCCUGUUCCUCUUGUACUCCAUGCUCUACUGCGUCUUCAUUGCCUCAACAGUGUUUCAGUAUUUCCUCAAGUUCUGGGUGGGGGAGCUCCCAAACGGACCGGCCAAGUUCCACGUCCUCUUUCUGCUGUUUGUGGCCCUCAUGUUUUUUGUGAGCCUCAUGUUCCUCUUUGGCUACCACUGCUGGCUGGUGGCAAAGAACAGGUCCACUUUGGAGGCCUUUUCCGCUCCUGUUUUCCAAAACGGGCCCGACAGGAACGGCUUCAACAUUGGUCUCCAUGGAAACCUCCAACAAGUCUUUGGGGACAACAAAAAACUCUGGUUUGUCCCUUUGUUCACGAGCCUUGGAGAUGGUCACUAUUUCCCCAUGAGGAGUGUGUGUGAAUCUCAGAAUCCUUUACUGGCUGAUGAGGAGAAAUGGGGAGAGGAGUGUGGGUCAGAUGAAGAGGGUUCAGAUGGCCUGUGUGACCCCUCAGUUACCAUAGAGAUAGAAUCUUAGAUACCAAGGAGGACGAGGUAUCCAAGGAACAGCACCGUCUGAGACAUCACGUUUGACCAUCGGAAAUGCUUCGGGAAGAAGCAGCAGCCAACACGACAUGAGACUCCUGC